UAAUUUAUUCAGCAACCAUCGUCGACGUGCGACUUUACUAAUAUAAGAAGAAAAAUAUGACGAAAACGCUAAAGCAUACACUAUGUCUGCUACUGCUGAUAAAUUUAGUAACCAAUGAAGUAGAAGCAAACAUCUUCAAUAUGAUACGCAAUCAGGUCGCGCUGAAACUUGACCAACUCCUAAGAAAACUUUUUCCUAUAACCGAACCUCUUCCAACAAUAACCAAGCACAAUGUACCUGAUAUAAUAAAGGACAUAGAAAAAAUAUUAAAACGAACAGAUCCAUCCGAAGAGAAUGGCAAUUCUACUAAAGAAACUACACCUAUUGGAGGAGAGCAAUCUACUUCGGAAAAAGCACCGAAAGAUGAAUCAACACCUGCUGAAGAAGCGGAAACUACGCCUGAAGAAGAAGCAAAGGAGACCACACCGGCUGAAGGAGAAACUAGUCCAGCAGAAAAAUACGAAGAAACCACGCCUGCAGAAGGAGAGGAAACUUCUUCCGAAGAAGCACCGAAAGGUGAAUCAACACCUGCUGAAGUAGCGGAAACUACGCCUGAAGAAGAAGCAAAGAAGGAGACCACAGCGGCUGAAGAAGACACUAGUCCAGCAGAAAAACCCGAAGAAGAAACUACGUCUGCAGAAGGACAAGAAACUUCCUCCGAAGAAGCACCGAAAGAUGAAUCAACACCUGCUGAAGAAGUGGAAGCUACGCCUGAAGAAGAAGCAAAGGAGGAGACCACAGCGGCUGAAGAAGAAACUAGUCCAGCAGAAAAACCCGAAGAAGAAACUACGUCUGCAGAAGGACAAGAAACUUCCUCCGAAGAAGCACCGAAAGAUGAAUCAACACCUGCUGAAGAAGUGGAAGCUACGCCUGAAGAAGAAGCAAAGGAGGAGACCACACCGGCUGAAGGAGAAACUAGUCCAGCAAAAAAACCUGAAGAAGAAACUACGCCUGCCGAAGGCCAGGAAACUUCCUCCGAAGAAGUACCGAAAGAUGAAUCAACACCUGCUGAAGAUGCGAAAACUACGCCUGAAUUAGAAAAAGAGGAGACCACACCGGCUGAAGGAGAAACUAGUCCAGCAGAAAAACCCGAAGAAGAAACUACGCCUGCCGAAGGCCAGGAAACUUCCUCCGAAGAAGCACCGAAAGAUGAAUCAACACCUACUGAAGAAGCGGAAACUACGCCUGAAGAAGAAGCAAAGAAGGAGACCACACCGACUGAAGGAGAAACUAGUCCAGCAGAAAAGCCCGAAGAAGAAACUACGCCUGCCGAAGGCCAGGAAAAUUCCUCUGAAGAAGCACCGAAAGAUGAAUCAACACCUGCUGAAGAAGCGGAAACUACGCCUGAAGAAGCAGCAAAGGAGGAGACCACACCGGCUGAAGGAGAAACUAGUCCAGCAGAAAAACCCGAAGAAGAAACUACGCCUGCCGAAGGCCAGGAAACUUCCGCCGAAGAAGCACAGAGAGAUGAAUCAACGCCUGCUGAAGAAGCGGAGACUACGCCUGAAGAAGAAGCAAAGGAGACCACACCGACUGAAGGAGAAACUAGUCCAGCAGAAAAACCCGAAGAAGAAACUACGCCUGCCGAAGACCAAGAAACUUCCUCCGAAGAAGCACCGAAAGAUGAAUCAACACCUGCUGAAGAAGCGGAUACUACGCCUGAAGAAGAAGCAAAGGAGGAGACCACACCGACUGAAGGAGAAACUAGUCCAGCAGAAAAACCCGAAGAAGAAACUACGCCUGCCGAAGGCCAGAAAACUUCCUCCGAAGAAGCACCGAAAGAUGAAUCAACACCUGCUGAAGAAGCGGAAACUACGCCUGAAGAAGAAGCAAAGGAGGAGACCACACCGACUGAUGGAGAAACUAGUCCAGCAGAAAAACCCGAAGAAGAAACUACGCCUGCCGAAGGCCAGGAAACUUCCUCCGAAGAAGCACCGAAAGAAUCAACACCUGCUGAAGAAGCGGAGACUACGCCUGAAGAAGAAGCAAAGGAGACCACACCGGCUGAAGGAGAAACUAGUCCAGCAGAAAAACCCGAAGAAGAAACUACGCCUGCCGAAGGCCAGGAAACUUCCUCCGAAGAAGCACCGAAAGAUGAAUCAACACCUGCUGAAGAAGCGGAGACUACGCCUGAAGAAGAAGCAAAGGAAGAGACCACACCGACUGAAGGAGAAACUAGUCCAGCAGAAAAACCCGAAGAAGAAACUACGCCUGCCGAAGGCCAAGAAACUUCCUCCGAAGAAGCACCGAAAGAUGAAUCAACACCUGCUGAAGAAGCGGAUACUACGCCUGAAGAAGAAGCAAAGGAGGAGACCACGCCGGAUGAAGGAGAAACUAGUCCAGCAAAAAAAUCCGAAGAAGAAACUACGCCUGCCGAAGGCCAAGAAACUUCCUCCGAAGAAGCACCGAAAGAAUCAACACCUGCUGAAGAAGCGGAGACUACGCCUGAAGAAGAAGCAAAGGGGGAGACCACACCGGCUGAAGGAGAAACUAGUCCAGCAGAAAAACCCGAAGAAGAAACUACGCCUGCCGAAGGCCAAGAAACUUCCUCCGAAGAAGCACCGAAAGAAUCAACACCUGCUGAAGAAGUGGACACUACGCCUGAAGAAGAAGCAAAGGAGAAGACCACACCGGCUGAAGGAGAAACUAGUCCAGCAGAAAAACCCGAAGAAGAAACUACGCCUGCCGAAGGCCAAGAAACUUCCUCCGAAGAAGCACCGAAAGAAUCAACACCUGCUGAAGAAGCGGAGACUACGCCUGAAGAAGAAGCAAAGGGGGAGACCACACCGGCUGAAGGAGAAACUAGUCCAGCAGAAAAACCCGAAGAAGAAACUACGCCUACCGAAGGCCAAGAAACUUCCUCCGAAGAAGCACCGAAAGAUGAAUCAACACCUGCUGAAGAAGCGGAUGCUACGCCUGAAGAAGAAGCAAAGGAGACCACACCGGCUGAAGGAGAAACUAGUCCAGCAGAAAAACCCGAAGAAGAAACUACGCCUGCCGAAGACCAGGAAACUUCCUCCGAAGAAGCACCGAAAGAUGAAUCAACGCCUGCUGAAAAAACGAAGACUACGUCUGAAGAAGCAAAAGAGGAGACCACACCGACUGAAGGAGAAACUAGUCCAGCAGAAAAACCCGAAGAAGAAACUACGCCUGCCGAAGGCCAAGAAACUUCCUCCGAAGAAGCACCGAAAGAAUCAACACCUGCUGAAGAAGCGGAGACUACGCCUGAAGAAGAAGCAAAGGAGACCACACCGGCUGAAGGAGAAACUAGUCCAGCAGAAAAACCCGAAGAAGAAACUACGCCUGCCGAAGGCCAGGAAACUUCCUCUGAAGAAGCACCGAAAGAUGAAUCAACACCUGCUGAAGAAGCGGAAACUACGCCUGAAGAAGAAGCAAAGGAGGAGACCACACCGGCUGAAGGAGAAACUAGUCCAGCAGAAAAACCCGAAGAGGAAACUACGCCUGCCGAAGGCCAGGAAACUUCCGCCGAAGAAGCACCGAAAGAUGAAUCAACACCUGCUGAAGAAGCGGAUACUACGCCUGAAGAAGAAGCAAAGGAGGAGACCACGCCGGAUGAAGGAGAAACUAGUCCAGUAAAAAAAUCCGAAGAAGAAACUACGCCUGCCGAAGGCCAAGAAACUUCCUCCGAAGAAGCACCGAAAGAAUCAACACCUGCUGAAGAAGCGGAGACUACGCCUGAAGAAGAAGCAAAGGGGGAGACCACACCGGCUGAAGGAGAAACUAGUCCAGCAGAAAAACCCGAAGAAGAAACUACGCCUGCCGAAGGCCAGGAAACUUCCUCCGAAGAAGCACCGAAAGAUGAAUCAACGCCUGCUGAAGAAACGAAGACUACGUCUGAAGAAGCAAGAGAGGAGACCACACCGACUGAAGGAGAAACUAGUCCAGCAGAAAAACCCGAAGAAGAAACUACGCCUGCCGAAGGCCAAGAAACUUCCUCUGAAGAAGCACCGAAAGAUGAAUCAACACCUGCUGAAGAAGCGGACACUACGGCUGAAGAAGAAGCAAAGGACACCACACCGGCUGAAGGAGAAACCAGUCCAGCAGAAAAACCCGAAGAAGAAACUACGCCUGCCGAAGGCCAAGAAACUUCCUCCGAAGAAGCACCGAAAGAUGAAUCAACACCUGCUGAAGUAGCGGAGACUACGCCUGAAGAAGAAGCAAAGGAGGAGACCACACCGGCUGAAGGAGAAACUAGUCCAGCAGAAAAACCCGAAGAAGAAACCACGCCUGCCGAAGACCAAGAAACUUCCUCUGAAGAAGCACCGAAAGAUGAAUCGACAGCAACUGAAGAAGCGGACACUACGCCUGAAAAAGCAAAGGAGACCACACCGACUGAAGGAGAAACUAGUCCAGCAGAAAAACCCGAAGAAGAAACUACGCCUGCCGAAGGCCAAGAUACUUCCUCCGAAGAAGCACCGAAAGAUGAAUCAACACCUGCUGAAGAAGCGGACACUACGGCUGAAGAAGAAGCAAAGGAAGAGACCACACCGACUCAAGGAGAAACUAGUCCAGCAGAAAAACCCGAAGAAGAAACCACGCCUGCCGAAGAGCAAGAAACUUCCUCUGAAGAAGCACCGAAAGAUGAAUCGACACCUGCUGAAGAAGCGGAGACUACGCCUGAAGAAGAAGCAAAGGAGACCACACCGGCUGAAGGAGAAACCAGUCCAGCAGAAAAACCCGAAGAAGAAACUACGCCUGCCGAAGGCCAAGAUACUUCCUCCGAAGAAGCACCGAAAGAUGAAUCAACACCUGCUGAAGAAGCGGACACUACGGCUGAAGAAGAAGCAAAGGAAGAGACCACACCGGCUGAAGGAGAAACCAGUCCAGCAGAAAAACCCGAAGAAGAAACUACGCCUGCCGAAGGUCAAGAUAUUUCCUCCGAAGAAGCACCGAAAGAAUCAACACCUGCUGAAGAAGCGGAGACUACGCCUGAAGAAGAAGCAAAGGAAGAGACCACACCGACUGAAGGAGAAACCAGUCCAGCAGAAAAACCCGAAGAAGAAACUACGCCUGCCAAAGGCCAAGAUACUUCCUCCGAAGAAGCACCGAAAGAUGAAUCAACACCUGCUGAAGAAGCGGAUACUACGCCUGAAGAAGAAGCAAAGGAGACCACACCGGCUGAAGGAGAAACCAGUCCAGCAGAAAAACCCGAAGAAGAAACUACGCCUGCCGAAGGCCAAGAUACUUCCUCCGAAGAAGCACCGAAAGAUGAAUCAACACCUGCUGAAGAAGCGAAGACUACGCCUGAAGAAGAAGCAAAGGAAGAGACCACACCGGCUGAAGGAGAAACCAGUCCAGCAGAAAAACUCGAAGAAGAAACUACGCCUGCCGAAGGUCAAGAUACUUCCUCCGAAGAAGCACCGAAAGAAUCAACACCUGCUGAAGAAGCGGAGACUACGCCUGAAGAAGAAGCAAAGGAAGAGACCACACCGACUGAAGGAGAAACCAGUCCAGCAGAAAAACCCGAAGAAGAAACUACGCCUGCCGAAGGCCAAGAUACUUCCUCCGAAGAAGCACCGAAAGAUGAAUCAACACCUGCUGAAGAAGCGGACACUACGGCUGAAGAAGAAGCAAAGGAAGAGACCACACCGACUGAAGGAGAAACUAGUCCAGCAGAAAAACCCGAAGAAGAAACUACGCCUGCCGAAGGCCAGGAAACUUCCUCCGAAGAAGCACCGAAAGAUGAAUCGACACCUGCUGAAGUGGACACUACGCCUGAAGAAGAAGCAAAGGAGACCACACCGGCUGAAGGAGAAACUAGUCCAGUAGAAAAACGCGAAGAAACUACGCCUGCCGAAGGCCAAGAAACUUCCUCCGAAGAAGCACCGAAAGAUGAAUCAACACCUGCUGAAGAAGCGGAGACUACGCCUGAAGAAGAAGCAAAGGAAGAGACCACACCGACUGAAGGAGAAACCAGUCCAGCAGAAAAACCCGAAGAAGAAACUACGCCUGCCGAAGGCCAAGAUACUUCCUCCGAAGAAGCACCGAAAGACGAAUCAACACCUGCUGAAAAAGCGAAUACUACGCCUGAAGAAGAAGCAAAGGAGGAGACCACACCGGCUGAAGGAGAAACUAGUCCAGCAGAAAAACCCGAAGAAGAAACCACGCCUGCCGAAGACCAUGAAACUUCCUCUGAAGAAGCACCGAAAGAUGAAUCGACACCUGCUGAAGUGGACACUACGCCUGAAGAAGAAGCAAAGGAGACCACACCGGCUGAAGGAGAAACUAGUCCAGCAGAAAAACCCGAAGAAGAAACUACGCCUGCCGAAGGCCAAGAAACUUCCUCCGAAGAAGCACCGAAAGAUGAAUCAACACCUGCUGAAGAAGCGGAUACUACGCCUGAAGAAGAAGCAAAGGAGACCACACCGGCUGAAGGAGAAACUAGUCCAGCAGAAAAACCCGAAGAAGAAACUACGCCUGCCGAAGGCCAAGAAACUUCCUCCGAAGAAGCACCGAAAGAUGAAUCAACACCUGCUGAAGAAACGGAUGCUACGCCUGAAGAAGAAGCAAAGGAGACCACACCGGCUGAAGGAGAAACUAGUCCAGCAGAAAAACCCGAAGAAGAAACUACGCCUGCCGAAGGCCAAGAUACUUCCUCCGAAGAAGCACCGAAAGAUGAAUCAACACCUGCUGAAGAAGCGGACACUACGGCUGAAGAAGAAGCAAAGGAAGAGACCACACCGACUGAAGGAGAAACUAGUCCAGCAGAAAAACCCGAAGAAGAAACUACGCCUGCCGAAGGCCAAGAAACUUCCUCCGAAGAAGCACCGAAAGAUGAAUCAACACCUGCUGAAGAAGCGGAGACUACGCUUGAAGAAGAAGCAAAGGAGGAGACCACACCGGCUGAAGGAGAAACUAGUCCAGCAGAAAAACCCGAAGAAGAAACUACGCCUGCCGAAGGCCAAGAAAAUUCCUCCGAAGAAGCACCGAAAGAAUCAACACCUGCUGAAGAAGCGGAGACUACGCCUGAAGAAGAAGCAAAGGGGGAGACCACACCGGCUGAAGGAGAAACUAGUCCAGCAGAAAAACCCGAAGAAGAAACUACGCCUGCCGAAGGCCAGGAAACUUCCUCCGAAGAAGCACCGAAAGAUGAAUCAACGCCUGCUGAAGAAACGAAGACUACGUCUGAAGAAGCAAAAGAGGAGACCACACCGACUGAAGGAGAAACUAGUCCAGCAGAAAAACCCGAAGAAGAAACUACGCCUGCCGAAGGCCAAGAAACUUCCUCCGAAGAAGCACCGAAAGAAUCAACACCUGUUGAAGAAGCGGAGACUACGCCUGAAGAAGAAGCAAAGGAGACCACACCGGCUGAAGGGGAAACUAGUCCAGCAGAAAAACCUGAAGAAGAAACUACGCCUGCCGAAGGCCAGGAAACUUCCGCCGAAGAAGCACCGAAAGAUGAAUCAACACCUGUUGAAGAAGCGGAGACUACGCCUGAAGAAGAAGCAAAGGAGGAGACCACACCGGCUGAAGGAGAAACUAGUCCAGCAGAAAAACCCGAAGAAGAAACCACGCCUGCCGAAGACCAAGAAACUUCCUCUGAAGAAGCACCGAAAGAUGAAUCGACACCUGCUGAAGAAGUGGAAACUACGCCUGAAGAAGAAGCAAAGGAGGAGACCACACCGGCUGAAGGAGAAACUAGUCCAGCAGAAAAACCAGAAGAAACUACGCCUGCCGAAGGCCAAGAAACUUCCUCCGGAGAAGCACCGAAAGAUGAAUCAACACCUGCUGAAGAAACGAAGACUACGCCUGAAGAAGAAGCAAAGGAGGAGACCACACCGGCUGAAGGAGAAACUAGUCCAGCAGAAAAACCCGAAGAAGAAACUACGCCUGCAGAAGGCCAGGAAACUGCCUCCGAAAAACCACUGAAAGAUGAAUCAACGCCUGCUGACGAAACGAAGACUACGCCUGAAAAAGAAGCAAAGGAGGAGACCACACCGGCUGAAGGAGAAACUAGUCCAACAGAAAAACCCGAAGAAGAAACUACGCCUGCCGAAGGCCAAGAAACUUCCUCCGAAGAAGCACCGAAAGAAUCAACACCUGCUGAAGAAGCGGAGACUACGCCUGAAGAAGAAGCAAAGGAGGAGACAAAAGCGGCUGAAGGAGAAACCAGUCCAGCAGAAAAACCCGAAGAAGAAACUACGCCUGCCGAAGGCCAAGAAACUUCCUCCGGAGAAGCACCGAAAGAUGAAUCGACACCUGCUGAAGAAGUGGACACUACACCUGAAGAAGAAGCAAAGGAGAUGACCACACCGUCUGAAGGAGAAACUAGUCCAGCAGAAAAACCCGAAGAAGACAUUACGCCUGACGAAGGCCAAGAAACUUCCUCCGAAGAAGCACCGAAAGAUGAAUCAACGCCUGCUGACGAAACGAAGACUACGCCUGAAAAAGAAGCAAAGGAGGAGACCACACCGGCUGAAGGAGAAACUAGUCCAGCAGAAAAACCCGAAGAAGAAACCACGCCUGCCGAAGACCAUGAAACUUCCUCUGAAGAAGCACCGAAAGAUGAAUCGACACCUGCUGAAGUGGACACUACGCCUGAAGAAGAAGCAAAGGAGACCACACCGGCUGAAGGAGAAACUAGUCCAGCAGAAAAACCCGAAGAAGAAACUACGCCUGCCGAAGGCCAAGAAACUUCCUCCGAAGAAGCACCGAAAGAUGAAUCAACACCUGCUGAAGAAGCGGAUACUACGCCUGAAAAAGAAGCAAAGGAGACCACACCGGCUGAAGGAGAAACUAGUCCAGCAGAAAAACCCGAAGAAGAAACUACGCCUGCCGAAGGCCAAGAAACUUCCUCCGAAGAAGCACCGAAAGAUGAAUCAACACCUGCUGAAGAAACGGAUGCUACGCCUGAAGAAGAAACAAAGGAGACCACACCGGCUGAAGGAGAAACUAGUCCAGCAGAAAAACCCGAAGAAGAAACUACGCCUGCCGAAGGCCAAGAUACUUCCUCCGAAGAAGCACCGAAAGAUGAAUCAACACCUGCUGAAGAAGCGGACACUACGGCUGAAGAAGAAGCAAAGGAAGAGACCACACCGACUGAAGGAGAAACUAGUCCAGCAGAAAAACCCGAAGAAGAAACUACGCCUGCCGAAGGCCAAGAAACUUCCUCCGAAGAAGCACCGAAAGAUGAAUCAACACCUGCUGAAGAAGCGGAGACUACGCUUGAAGAAGAAGCAAAGGAGGAGACCACACCGUCUGAAGGAGAAACUAGUCUAGCAGAAAAACCCGAAGAAGAAACUACGCCUGCCGAAGGCCAAAAAACUUCCUCCGAAGAAGCACCGAAAGAAUCAACACCUGCUGAAGAAGCGGAGACUACGCCUGAAGAAGAAGCAAAGGAGGAGACCACACCGGUUGAAGGAGAAACUAGUCCAGCAGAAAAACCCGAAGAAGACACUACGCGUGCCGAAGGCCAAGAAACUUCCUCCGGAGAAGCACCGAAAGAUGAAUCAACACCUGCUGAAGAAGCGGAAAAUACGCCUGAAGAAGCAAAGGAGGAGACCACACCGGCUGAAGGAGAAACUAGUCCAGCAGAAAAACCCGAAGAAGAAACCACGCCUGCCGAAGACCAAGAAACUUCCUCUGAAGAAGCACCGAAAGAUGAAUCGACACCUGCUGAAGUGGACACUACGCCUGAAGAAGCAAAGGAGACCACACCGGCUGAAGGAGAAACCAGUCCAGCAGAAAAACCCGAAGAAGAAACUACGCCUGCCGAAGGUCAAGAAACUUCCUCCGAAGAAGCACCGAAAGAUGAAUCAACACCUGCUGAAGAAGCGGAAACUACGCCUGAAGAAGAAGCAAAGGAGACCACACCGGCUGAAGGAGAAACCAGUCCAGCAGAAAAACCCGAAGAAGAAACUACGCCUGCCGAAAGCCAAGAAACUUCCUCCGGAGAAGCACCGAAAGAUGAAUCAACACCUGCUGAAGAAGCGGAAACUACGCCUGAAGAAGAAGCAAAGGAGGAGACCACACCGACUGAAGGAGAAACUAGUCCAGCAGAAAAACCCGAAGAAGAAACCACGCCUGCCGAAGACCAAGAACCUUCCUCUGAAGAAGCACCGAAAGAUGAAUCGACACCUGCUGAAGAAGUGGACACUACGCCUGAAGAAGCAAAGGAGACCACACCGGCUGAAGGAGAAACCAGUCCAGCAGAAAAACCCGAAGAAGAAACUACGCCUGCCGAAGGUCAAGAAACUUCCUCCGAAGAAGCACCGAAAGAUGAAUCAACACCUACUGAAGAAGCGGAUACUACGCCUGAAGAGGCAGCAAAGGAGGUGACCACACCGGCUGAAGGAGAAACUAGUCCAGCAGAAAAACCCGAAGAAGGAACUACGCCUGCCGAAGGCCAAGAAACUUCCUCCGAAGAAGCACCGAAAGAAUCAACACCUGCUGAAGAAGCGGAGACUACGCCUGAAGAAGAAGCAAAGGAGGAGACCACACCGGCUGAAGGAGAAACUAGUCCAGCAGAAAAACCCGAAGAAGAAACCACGCCUGCCGAAGACCAAGAAACUUCCUCUGAAGAAGCACCGAAAGAUGAAUCGACACCUGCUGAAGUGGACACUACGCCUGAAGAAGAAGCAAAGGAGACCACACCGGCUGAAGGAGAAACCAGUCCAGCAGAAAAACCUGAAGAAGAAAAUACGCCUGCCGAAGGCCAAGAAACUUCCUCUGAAGAAGCACCGAAAGAUGAAUCGACACCUGCUGAAGAAGUGGAAACUACGCCUGAAGAAGAAGCAAAGGAAGAGACCACACCGGCUGAAGGAGAAACUAGUCCAGCAGAAAAACUCGAAGAAGACACUACGCCUGCCGAAGGCCAGGAAAGUUCCUCCGAAAAAGCACCGAAAGAUGAAUCAACACCUGCUGAAGAAGCGGACACUACGCCUGAAGCAGCAAAGGAGACCACACCGGCUGAAGGAGAAACCAGUCCAGCAGAAAAACCCGAAGAAGAAACUACGCCUGCCGAAGGCCAGGAAACUUCCUCUGAAGAAGCACCGAAAGAUGAAUCGACACCUGCUGAAGAAACGAAGACUACGCCUGAAGAAGAAGCAAAAGAGGAGACCACACCGACUGAAGGAGAAACUAGUCCAGCAGAAAAACCCGAAGAAAAAACUACGCCUGCCGAAGGCCAGGAAACUUCCGCCGAAGAAGCACAGAGAGAUGAAUCAACGCCUGCUGAACGAGCGGACUCUACGCCUAACGACGAAGCAAAGGAGGAGACCACACCGGCUGAAGGAAAAACUAGUCCAGCAGAAAAACCCGAAGAAGAAACUACGCCUGCAGAAGGAGAGGAAACUUCUUCCGAAGUAGCACCGAAAGAUGAAUCAACACCUGCUGAAGAAGCGAAAACUACGUCUGAAGAAGAAGAAGCAAAGGAGGAGACCACACCGGCUGAAAGAGAAACUAGUCCAGCAGAAAAACCUGAAGAAGAAACUACGCCUGUCGUAGGAGAGGAAACUUCUUCCGAAGAAGCACAGAAGGAUGAAUCAACACCUGCUGAAGAAGCAGAGACUACCUCUGAAGAAGAAGAAAAAGGAAAGGAGGAGACCACACCGGCUGAAGGAGAAACUAGUCCAGCAGAAAAACCAGAAGAAGAAACUACGCCUGCCGAAGGAGAGGAAACUUCCUCUGAAGAAGCACCGAAGUAUGAAUCAACACCUGCUGAAGAAGCGGACACUACGCCUGAAGAAGAAGCAAAGGAGGAGACCACACCGACUGAAGGAGAAACCAGUCCAGCAGAAAAACACGAAGAAACCACGCCUGCAGAAGGAGAGGAAACUUCUUCCGAAGAAGCACCAAAGGAUGAAUCAACACCUGCUGAAGAGGCGGAAACUACGCCCGAAGAACCAAAGGAGGAGAAUGCGCCGGCUGAAGAAGGAGAAACCAGUCCAGCAGCAAAACCAGAAGAAGAAACUACGCCUGCCGAAGGAGAGGAAACUUCCUCCGAAGAAGCAUCGAAGGAUGAAUCAACACCUGCUGAAGAAGCGGAAACCACGCCUGAAGAAGAAGCAAAGGAGGUUACCACACCGACUAAAGAAGAAGAAGAAGCUACGGCUAAGGAAAAUGGACAAACUACGCCUGAAGAAGGAGCAAAAGUCGAGACCACAACCAUUGGAGAAGUAAAAGCUACGACUAUAGAAGCCGAAGCAACAACUAUAUCUAGUGAUUUAAUACCCGAGUGCGCCAAUUACGUAUUUCCUCCGCCAAGACCCAGUUACUUGUAUAAGGAACUCAAAUCUUAUAUAAACAAAUCAAUCCCGUUAGUUGAACCAAAAGGAUUUCCAAAUAUUAAAGCUAUAGUUGCCACAAUAAGUAAGCUAAAACUACAGUCAUCUGAUUAUAAACUUUCGAUACGAAGAAUCGUGGAUAAAUUUGAAUCUGACGUUCACUCUACUAUUACUUCUGAACGAGAAUUUUCGAAUACGACUAGGAUAAGAACAUUCUUCGAUUUAAAAAAUAGUAUUCAACAUAACUAUAACAAGUUUUCAGAAAAGAUGACAAAACAAUUUAUUGCAACGGGCGUAUGUCAGAGAAAAAACUUUGCUUGUUGGAAGCGCGCCGAGAAUGCCCUGCCAAAAUUUGUGGAUGGUUUAAAUGACGAUGCAGAAACGUGUGACGAAAUUUUCGGUGCACAAAUCAAAUUCAAAGACGAGCGUGUGCAAGCCAACACUAUUCAACGAGUGAUUAGACAGAUUGACGAGCUGAGGCAGAAAUGUUUGGAGCACAAUAAUAGUAACAGUUAUACAAGGAGUUGUCUGGCAAAAACUCUGACGAGGUCAUUACUGAGAAGUGUCGCGUAUUUUAAGAGUAUGAAGAACGCUAUCGAGCAACAGGUGGAACUCAGCAAGUAUGUAUCAAAACUGACACGUCAAUGCUUCGCCAAUGCUUACCACUCAAGGGAGCCACUGCUCAAGCAUGGAAUACAAAGUUUGAGCAAAUGUGUGAGUGGUCUAACGGCAAAAACAACACCCGAAUCGGAGCUAGAUUAACUUGAAUCAACUUAGAUCAGGUAGAGUGAAAGCACCCCCUAAAAGUCAGUAACAGACGGUAGAAAAUAAUAAUUUGGAUCUCAUCUAAAGACUAAUUAAAUUGCAGAAACACUUACGAAAACUUAUAUCACUUUUUAACAGUAUUUGACAUUUCAAUUGAAUUGAAAUCAAAUCUGGCUAGGUUCCAAAAAAUAAAGAAGUGGCCUCCAAAUUGCAAUACUUCCAGAAAUAACGCAACGCCUCUAUUUAAUCGACCUAAAUGUAAACAUGAGUGACUAACUCCAAAGUAAUUUUGCUCGAUUGCCACCAUUUCGUUGUAGAACGGUAUCACCCAAUCACUUUAUUGGUAGCUGGUAGGCUUUGUAUUUCUGCUGGCAAUUGCUUGUGGAUAAAUAAAUAAAAAAAUUCAAGUUCAACAACAUUGUGUCGUGUUUCAUGAGCUGUACUAAGAGCUACAAUCAGAACGCGAAAAAUAAAAAUAAAAUGUGUAGUUGAGUCAAGCGUAAGACAUACAUAUCGGCGCAGUUGCAACAGUAUACACGACAUAAUAGCUUUAGCCCAAUUAUGGCAAGUUACCCAAAAUUCUGUUUUGAUUGUCGACCAAUAUUAAACCGACAAAUCAACAAUACGAUGUUCAUUCAUCGGGCAAUUUGGUUUAAAUAUUUGCUAAAAAACAUAAACAAGUUGUACUAAGCACAAACAAGAAUUAAUUCAAACUUAUACCGUUUUUAAAUUCUUAAAUAUCACACUAAAUGAAAACAAUUUGAGAACCUAAAAAACAUACGAUGUAUUCUAAAUAAAAAGAAAGUCGACAGAUUCUGGCCGUUUUCUUUGCUUUUAACAGUCAGCACAACGCUAACCAGUUCAAUUUACAAUGACAUGUGAAACUUGGAAACAUGCAU